AUCCAGGCCGGCGGCUUUCCGACCUUUACGAACUAAACUUACAGUCUCGGCUGACGUGAAGCUUGAGCAUCAGUAAAGAGAGAAAACAAAAUCUUAGCAUAUAACCAGAGCGCAAGACACGGUCCUCCUGACAACUCAAGACAGUCCAAUCCCUGGAGUGUCGUGUGCGUGCUCGUGGAGAACAACUACACACCCUUGACGUCAGUUUCGCGUUGUCAUCCUCCGAGCAUCGAAUCCAGAAGAGGAAGAAACAUGGUAUUCGACAAGGUCGCCCUCCUUUGUCUCGUUCUAGGUAGCGCCACGGCGCGUAUUCGUCACGAUGAAACAGACAAAUGCCCACCACUGGACCCCAACUGGGAGGACAAGCUGGACGAGCUUUUCUCGGCACUUCCGGCGGACUUCCACGACGCGAUUCCAACGGGCGUUUUCCAGGACCACGACUCGGACGUCGGGUUCACGUUGGGGAACUCCAGCUUCAGCGGUCUGGCGGGUCUCAAGCCAGAUCGGCCCUACGAGACGUUCUGCAGGGACAGCGAGAGGGUCCUCCAGUUCAGCCUCCGCGCUACGGAGUUCCUCCAGCUGUCCAUUCCAUGGACCAUGUGCUCUGGACUUAACGGGUCCAUACGCACCGUCGCUCCCAUGUCCAGGAUCGAGGGACAGAUCCUUGUGACCAAGACGGAAGGCGCGGCGAGCAAGUGGGUGCUCGAAAGUCUGGAAAUGGUGCGGCUGGAACGGCAAUACAUCACGGUCGACGGCAUGGGGCCGGGAGUGAAGACUGUAAUGCGUUGGGUGGAUGCCCUGAUGGGUGGGAUGAUUAGGGUUAUUUGGGUAAACAUGUCGCCGAUCGUGAUUUCGCACGUUCUGGUCGAGACAGCAAGGCAGGUAGGCAUCCCUUUGGAAUCGACGUUAAAAAGCUUCCACUACGAUUCCUAAAAGUGGUAUAGCGGUGGAAAAAAAAAACAACAUUGGCAGUCUUUUCUCGAAGUUGCCUCUUCCUUGUAAGACUUUAACCGUCACCUGAAAAGGCACUCCGAACGUAGUCUUGACCAUUUCCGCCAAAAGUGGCGCCGGCUUGCGCCCGGUAAUUGUUUUCUAUACUGAUCGCACUAAACCGAUCUAAAAAUGUUCUCACUGUUGGGUCAUUUUGAAACAUUUUGUUUUCUAAAUAAAAUUCCAGAAUGCUUCUCAA